UUGACGCGUUUGCAUCCUGUCAUUCCUUCCUUCUGAAUGAGACUAGUUGGACGUGAUUGUUGAUUCCGUGACGGGGAGAUGCGACACAACAACACCACUCGACGCGUUCGACCAUUCGACCACUGAUGCUUCAUCCGCCUCAACGCACCGGGUCGCCUCCCAUCAUUGCCAUCUCAGCCAUGGAAAGGAUAGCACAGAUGAAGGAGCAGCUCCGCACUCUGGAGGAAAACAUUCAGCGCAGGGAGGAAGUGGAGAAAUGGAAACGCACCGUUCAAGACCUGGACGACGAGAUCCAAGUCGAUGAGGAUCUGUUACGUGGCAAGAAGGCAAAGCGCACCAAGAUGUUGCAGGACAUUGAGAAAGCCGAAUCGAUGCUCGAGGCUGAAGACAGCACCAUGAGCACAUCCGCAUUGACCGGCAGGACGCUCACCCCGGCUCAGAGCGAGGAUGACCGCGAACAAAUCGCGAAACCUCAGCCGUCCGCCGUCACAAACGACAAGCUUACAAAGACCAAGCCGACGCCGCGUGCGACUCCCCUGCCAACGCAGCACAAACCUGCCACAGCAAACAAAUCCAAGACUCUCAAAGACCUUCUUGACAAAUGUAGCUGUAUCGCGCACACCACCGACGACGACGAUGACGAGACCACGUAUUUCGAAGUCUACUGCGGCAUCUGCGGCGUCAACACGCCCACGAACGGCGUCGGAGCGAACCCCUACUUCGACGGCUUACAGCCGCUCCUGAAGCAUCUAUCCUCGCGCGCGCACAAGAUCGACUUCAGAGAGCGCGAGAAAUACGUCGCAUGGGCGCCGCUGUCGUCGAAGCAGGUGCGCAAGAUUCUGGACGGGAGUGGGAAGAUUGAGGUGGUGAGGAAGGGGAAAAUCGAAGGAUGGAUUGUCGAUGGAUCCGGCAAAGACGAGUGCGAGAGUCACUUCGUUGAGGUAAAAGUCAAGGAAGGCUCGACAGAAGUGGCGGCCAAGAAUGAGGAGAAUGACGAGGACUACAUGGACGAAGAAGUGCACCAACGUCCUCGCAAGCGUCUGCGACAGGGCAGCCGUCCUCACUGAUUGAGCUUGAUUGAUGACCAGAUUGAAGAACUGUGCUUCUUGCAGUCAACUUGAUACGU